AAGAAGAGGAAACAUUUUAUCGAUACUUUUUUUUUUCAAAGUGGAUAUCUGGUUAACCAGGGGCAUACAUGUAGACGAGCUUUAUGCAGACUGGAUUUUUGUUUGGUCUUAAAUAUCUGAAAACGGACUGGUUUAACUAUUUUACUUGUGAAACCAUAAGUUACGACCAAAUUACCAUAUUAGAUGAACUGAGACGAGAAAGGCUGGAUUUGUGCCUAUAAUGUUAGGUUUAAUAUAAACAUUGUAUUUGGUUUAUGUUAAACUGUAUCCUAAAUACGAGAGAUUUGAAAGAUGAAGUUUGCCGAACAUUUGGGAGCCCAUAUAACACCAGAAUGGCGCAAACAGUAUAUUCAGUACGAGUUGAUGAAAGACAUGUUGUACCAGGCACAGGAGCAAGCCCCGUCGGAAGAAGUAACUGAUGAAGGAAUUAUUCAGCGAUACUUUGCACGUUUUGAUGAGAAUUUCUUCCAGUUUUGUGACAAAGAGCUUGCAAAAAUAAACACAUUUUUUUAUGAGAAGAUAUCUGAAGCUACGAGAAAAUAUGCGAGUCUUAAGUCAGAACUACAGCAUUACACGGAUCACGAGAAAAAGCCGUCAACUCUUCACCUACGUAGACGGAGAUCCAGUGUCGCUUUCUUCAAAGAAAAGGAGCACAAGGAACUGAACAGAACGCGCAAGCUGCAUGACCUGAAGCUGGCCUUCAGCGAGUUUUACCUCAGUUUGAUCCUUCUACAAAACUACCAGACGCUCAACUUUACUGGCUUCAGGAAGAUUCUUAAAAAACAUGACAAGUUAAUGAAGACAACAAGAGGUUUGGUAUGGAAGCAGACACAUGUAGACACGGCAGCAUUUUAUACAAACAAGGAAGUGGAUCAUCUUAUCUGUGAAGUUGAGCAAAAUGUGACAUCAAAUUUAGAAGGUGGUAACAGAUCGAAAGCCAUGAAAAGGUUGAGGGUGCCCCCUCUUGGUGAUAAGGAAAAUCCUAUGACAACAUUCCGAGUAGGACUAUACUCUGGUGUGGUAGCUGUGCUUCUUAUUGUCAUCAUUGUGGCAGCAUUUUUUAUCGAGGUUGAUGGGCCAUGGGAACCAGCAUUGAGAAUGUACCGUGGAAUGUUUAUUGUAAUACUAGACAUCUUCCUGCUUGGUAUAAACACGUACGGCUGGAGGUCAUCAGGGGUCAACCAUGUGCUGAUCUUUGAGAUUGAUCCGCGACACCAUCUUACACAUCAACAGCUCAUGGAGUUGUCAACAGGACUGGCUGUGAUAUGGUGUAUCAGUACAAUGCUGUUUUUAUUCAGUGGUGUAUUUGGAGUAUCUGGCUAUAUAUUCCCUCUUGCCCUCGCUGGCUUCCUCUUCUUGUUCCUCAUUAACCCAAUCAAAAUGUUCCAUCACAGUUCAAGGAUGUGGCUUCUUAGAAUAUUGUUCAGGAUAUUCACCGCACCAUUCCAUCAUGUAGGGUUUGCUGAUUUCUGGCUGGCCGAUCAGUUAAAUAGUUUGGCUACAGUACUUCUAGAUUUUGAAUUCAUGGCGUGCUUUUAUGCAUUUGAAGUGGAUUGGAUAGGGCCUGAUCAACCGAAAGUGUGUACGAAGCAUGUGUAUGGGAUCCGGACAAUAGUCAGUAUAUUACCGGCUUGGUUCCGGUUUGCGCAGUGUUUGCGACGUUACAGGGAUACAAAGCUGGUGUUCCCGCAUGUGAUAAAUGCUGGGAAAUAUUCAACCACUUUCCUAACAGCAUUUUUCUCUACAAUGUAUCAUCUGCAAAAAGAAUUAUAUGGAGAUGAACACAGACAAUCUCAUGCAUUUUUCUAUUUGUGGAUCGUAUCGGCAGUGUUCAGCUCCUGUUAUACACUAACCUGGGAUCUUAAGAUGGACUGGGGUCUAUUAGAUUCCAAUGCUGGUGAAAAUAGAUUCCUCCGGGAAGAAAUUGUUUAUGCCUAUAAGUCAUACUACUAUUUUGCAAUUGUUGAAGAUUUUAUUCUACGAUUUAUCUGGUCGUUGACAGUAUCGAUAGGUGAAGGACUACUGAUACACAGCGAGAUUUUACGUACAUUGCUUGUUUCCUUGGAAAUAUUUAGGCGAUUUGUAUGGAAUUUUUUCCGUUUAGAGAACGAGCAUUUAAACAACUGUGGUCAAUUCAGAGCCGUUAGAGAUAUCUCUAUCGCUCCGAUAGACUCGAGCGAUCUCUCGCAACUCAUCGAGAUGAUGGACGAGGAUGACGGAGCGUAUACGCAUAGAUCUGAAAAACGGAGACUUAUCGGAAAAACCAAGAAAGACAAGCAUCUGGAGGACCAUGUUCCUGAUAAAAUACCGUGGAAAUUUAAAGGAGUUUGAAUACCUUUACAUACACUGUAAUAUUGAGCCAUUAAAUCAAAGCCUUAUGGACAAAUUAAAAAUUGGACACAGUGAAGCAGACAACAAAUUUGUAGUGA